CGCACAUCGUAAAAAACUACAUCUCCCAUGAGCCACUUCUCAGGCCGGAAGUGAAGCAACGACGUCAACAGGCGCACGGCGUCCGCGCACCAUGAAACGUCCAGUCUUUUCAAGUGUUUAGGGCAAUAAAUGCCCGGGUCCCGAGGAUGAGAGGCAUUGGCCGGAACGUUUUGUUGUUUUCCUCCCUGCUGUUACUCGUCAAUGAUUCCGUAACGAGCGAGAAGGAUGACGCGGGGCACCGCGAGGCUCGUCCGGCUGAACCACGGCAAACUGUAUCCGGACACACAGAGGGAGACGGGCACGGUCCAGUCGACCAAAAGAAGGAUGGACAGUCCGGCGGAAAGUCCAAUGACACCGGAACCUCCAGCAACGAGACCCUCCACUCCACGAAACCCGCCGCCAAGCCGACCACCCCGGCGCCCCCCACCGCCAAGCCCAUCCUGCCCGUGCAGACGGGGGUCGAGGCCCAGGAAGAAGAGCAGUCCAGCGGGCUGACCAUAUUCUUCAGCCUGCUGGUUAUUGGUAUCUGCAUCAUAUUGGUGCACCUGCUUAUCAAGUUCAAGCUGCAUUUUCUCCCAGAGAGCGUGGCUGUAGUGUCUCUCGGGAUUCUAAUGGGAGGCUUCAUUAAGAUCAUUGAGUUCCAAGAACUGGCCAACUGGAAGGAGGAGGAGAUGUUCCGACCCAACAUGUUCUUCCUCUUGCUGCUGCCGCCCAUCAUCUUUGAAUCUGGAUACUCUCUCCACAAGGGGAACUUCUUCCAGAACAUCGGCUCCAUUACUCUCUUCGCCGUGAUCGGCACGGCCAUCUCGGCCUUCAUAGUGGGAGGAGGCAUCUACUUCCUGGGUCAGGCCGACGUGAUCUACAAGAUGUCCAUGACUGACAGCUUCGCCUUCGGCUCGCUGAUCUCGGCCGUGGACCCCGUGGCCACCAUCGCCAUCUUCAACGCCCUCAACGUGGACCCGGUCCUCAACAUGCUGGUGUUCGGCGAGAGCAUCCUCAACGACGCCGUCUCCAUCGUCCUCACCAACACGGCGGAGGGGUUUUCCCGCUCGGACAACUCGGCGACCGGCUGGCAGACCUUCGUCCAGGCGCUGGCCUACUUCCUCAAAAUGUUUUUUGGUUCGGCCGCCCUGGGAACCCUCACCGGACUCAUCUCCGCUCUCUUUCUAAAACACUUUGAUCUGAGGAAGACUCCGUCGCUGGAGUUUGGCAUGAUGAUUAUCUUUGCGUAUCUUCCUUAUGGCCUGGCCGAGGGCCUCAAGCUGUCUGGAAUCAUGUCCAUCCUGUUUGCGGGCAUCGUGAUGUCUCACUACACCCAUCACAACUUGUCUCCUGUCACUCAGAUCCUCAUGCAGCAGACGCUGCGCACCAUGGCCUUCAUGUGUGAGACCUGUGUGUUCGCCUUCCUUGGUCUCUCCAUCUUCAGCUUCCCUCACAAGUUUGAACUCUCCUUCGUCAUCUGGUGCAUCGUCCUGGUCCUUCUCGGCCGAGCCGUGAACAUCUUCCCGCUGACGAUCCUGCUGAACGUCUUCAGGGACCACAAGAUCACGCCCAAGAUGAUGUUCAUCAUGUGGUUCAGUGGGCUGCGAGGCGCCAUCCCCUACGCGCUGAGCCUCCACCUGGGCCUGGAGCCCAUCGAGAAGCGCCAGCUGAUCGGCACCACCACCAUCAUCAUCGUCCUCUUCACCAUCCUGCUCAUGGGGGGCGGGACCAUGCCGCUCAUCCGCCUCAUGGACAUCGAGGAGAGCCAAUCGCGGCGCAAGAGCAAGAAGGACAUCACCCUCAGCAAGACGGAGAAAAUGGGUAACACCAUCGAGUCGGAGCACCUGUCGGAGCUGACGGAGGAGGAGUACGAGGCUCAUAUCUUUCAGAGACAAGACCUGAAGGGCUUCAUGUGGCUGGACGCCAAAUACCUGAACCCCUUCUUCACCCGCCGGCUCACCCAGGAGGACUUGCUGCACGGACGGAUCCAGAUGAAGACUCUGACCAACAAGUGGUACGAGGAAGUUCGGCAGGGCCCCUCGGGCUCCGAGGACGAGGAGGACGAAGCCGAGCUCCUGUGAGCCGGCACAGCGUCCUCGGUCCGGCAGGGACGAACAAUGGGCAGCGUGUGUGUGUGUGUGUGUGUGCACACGUGUGCACCACAGAGUCUGCCACACACUUAACGUGUCAAAGGGAACUCUGUGAGCUGAAUGUGUCAAAUCAAAGUGUGACUAAGUGAAUGAAGCCGCUUCGUUGAGGCGAGACCUUCUCCAGGUGUUUCCUUCAUGCUCCAUGUGAAGCAGCACUUUUUAACGUCUCCGUGGUUCUUCUGAUGCUUUUACUUUGCUUCACCAGAAGGCCAUUUUCUGUUACUGUUUUUACGUGGGACUUGUGUUUCCGCUCAUAUUCGCUUUCCUGAGAUUUAAUUAUUACAGUCUCUCACAUUUGAAUGCAUGCGUGUGCGAGAUUAAACGGGGGGGGGGCGAGGAAUGCAGGUAAUCUUAACGAGGAAGCUCACGGGACAUGAAUCAAACCUCCUGGCUGCGGUUUUAUUUUCAGUCAAAAUGUGAUUUCCUUUAUUUCUUUCUUCACUAACGAAGAUGAGCGGCGAUGAAUGUGUGGGUGACGAUGUCUGGGGAAUGUUGAUCUAUUUAAGUGUUUGUGGGAUAAAAUGCUGUUUUUAUAAGCUCUGAAUGCUGCAGGAUCAUAAAAGGGGGGGGGGGCAAAAAGGGAAGAAGAGUGUGUAAUACAACACUGACAAAUUAAAUGUUUUAUUCAAUUCUA